AGCAUCCCUACCGAGUAUACCCCGUCCAUCUCCCAUAACUCCUUAUGCCAAUGCUGUCUCAAGCCAAGGAAGGAUAUUAUACGCUCACAUACCCACUACGCGAUAUCCCAACUACAGAGCCAAAAAGAUGGCGAAACACAACAAAGCCCGCUAUUCCGGGCCCGGAUAUAUCCAAUAAGACGGAUAUUGCAAAGAGUGAUUUCGGGGUUAGACAGAGAACGGAAUCGUCGGUGACGAAUUUCGGAAAGCUGCAUGUACUGCAUGAGAGGGUUACAGGGCUUCGAUUGUACUCAUUUAGCAAGUCCGGGCAUCCUGUCAUUCGUUGUAAGAGUGCAUUCGAGACUGUUCUAGUGUACUCUGUAGGCCAGAAUGGUCUUAGUAUCCGUCGUAUCCCAGAACUGUUCUUGCUUGAAGGGGUCAAAAUUGUGGCCGAGAAGGACUCAUACUGGGUUGACGAACUGAGAGAUCUUGAACUGGAAUCAAAUAGCAGGAUUGUAUUAAAAUCCUCUCCUGUUCUCUGCGUCUACAAGAUGUAUUUUAAUGUCCAGGCUAUUAUCCUCGCGCUCUUUAUACCAACGGCUUUAGGCUUUGUUCCUGAUGCAGUACCACCGGAUGUUGCACUCUAUGACCAAUCCCUGCCUUUAACCUGGGACCUGAACACUUCCCAGAGCAUGAUAGAGGGCGUGGGCAACUCAUGGUGGUGUUCCUCGUUUAUCCAGGCCUCGGAUGGAAACCAAUACUUUAUUGUGUCGCACGUUGCGGCUUCAGGUGUUGGGUUCUACCGAUACUCAAUCCUGGGUAUAACCGAGCCCUCCUUCUAUGAAUCCUACGCGGUCCUUGGGAGUGAAGCCGACCCGAUUUCCAACCACGUCCGGGACAGCAACAUCACCCUCCCAACGUACGGCUUUCUAGCCCUCAACGCCAGCAACCCUCUCCAAGCCAUGCAGACUUACAGCACGCACGGGGCUAUAUUCAACGUGACAUUCCAGUUUUCCUCCCCCAUUCUGAUCGACGGAGGCACCGGCACAUUCACAUGGGGACCGUACCAGACCUACGAAUGGGCAAUGCCUGCCGGCAUUACCAGCGGCACUCUCGUCGUCAACGGAACCGAACUGACGAUAGAUCCCCGGAAUUCCCUGACCUGGUACGACCGCCAGCUCGUCUUCAACGUGACUGCCCACGUCCCCCUGCAGAACUGGACGUGGUUUGAGGUCCACAUUGACCAGCCCGCGGCCGCGGGGUCGCGGGUCAUGUCGAUCUGGAUCUGGGACUAUGGCAACCAGCCCCGGGCGCAGUUCGCUACAAUCCGAAACUCGCCGGGAGUUCACGAAGUCAUGCCCCUGACGGAGUUUACCCCGGGAGGGCCGACAUGGACCUCGAGCUGUAGUAAUAUCACGUACCCGCAGAGCUGGAGGGUCGCGCUUCUGGAUGGGACGACCUUUCAUAUUGCCAGUCUGCGCGCGGAGCAAGAGUUGUGUGACCCAGCUGCCCCGUUGUCACCGGCAUACGAGGGUUAUAUGACCUUUACUGGGACGGAGGCCAAUGGAAAGCCGAUGGAAGGGUACGGAUUAGUGGAGAUCAGCCGGAAUGUUUAGUCUAUCGUCUAUAUAUAUAUAUAUAUAUAUGCAUCUUUGGUUUUCCCCCGAGAGUAAAGGGCCUUUAGGGGAUAUUUCCUUCUUUUGUACAGAGUAUGUACUCCGUAGAGGAGAGAAACCUCGUACAGCUUCUCUCCCGAAAAAAGAAAUCCAGAGAAUACAACUCGGUGCGCUCCACGUCCAGGAUAUGUGGAAUUUG